GGAUAUUUAACCUUCCACUCACUGCAAGCAUGAGACCAAACGCGGGUUUUGUCAAAAGGCCGCGUCAUAACAAUGAUGCAGCCGUUUCUUCGUAGUAUAAAACCGCAUCCAAGUCCUGGGCAACUGAAUGAUUGACACACGACCACUGCAACAUCUUGGUAACCAUGUUCAAAUCACUUGCUGCCCUUGCCCUUGCGGCUGGAAUAGCCGGCGCCCAGUCGCCGCCCAGAUACAUCCCAUCGUCUUCCACAUACCUCGGCCUGGAAUUCAACACUACCGUCGUCGCCCCCGGUCGCUUCAUUGACGCUGCGCUCGUCUCAAACGAGCCCGUCACUUUCCCCGCCAAAACCAGCAGCGACCCACUUACCUACCAGGUCUUCAUGCUGGAUAUCUCCAUCCCAUCAGUUGCAGUGACCGAGGAUACGGGCUACCCACUCGUUCCAGGCAUUGCAGCCAACGACACUACGCGACUUCACUGGUGGCAGGGUAACCUUACUGUCCAGGAUGGCAUUUUCGUCAAUUCCAGUCAAGCGCUGGCUCCAUGGAACAUUCCAGAGCCCGAGGGCACCGCCGAUCACUACUAUGCCUUCUAUCUGUUUGCUCAGCCAGAGGACUGGAGCCCGUCCGCGGCCGUUCUGGAUGGACUCUAUGCUGACCCUUAUACCGAUGCUCGGUAUAACUUUAGUCUGGUGGCCAUCGCGGAGCAGGUAGGAGAGCCUGUAGCUGCGAACUAUUUAUUGUCUCUGGAAAGCAGCUCUUAA